GUGAUGUUUAUUUUCACACGGUACCUAUAUCUUCAAUAAUAUUUAUAAUAUUUCCUCUAAUCAUAAUGAAAUGCAACGAAAAUGAUAAAAGCAGACCUCGCAAUCACAUGAAUGUGGACAAUUUGGAUAAAGCACUACACGAUUUAGGAAUGCUUAGUGCUAUAACAGAAGCGCGCCGUGAGUACCUGAAAGAAUCAAAAUCUAAUUUCAGUGUGAUGCGUUUAAAUACGCGAUAUGUUUCUAACGUCACUGUUGGCUAUUGUAUGAAAAGAAGUGCUAACAAAAGUAGAAUGUGUCCCUAUGUCUUACCUGUCCGACAUAGGACGAAGAGUGAGAACUCUGACGCUGUCGGUAGUGAUAUACAUGAUGGCUGUGACUUCAAAUACAGUAUAUUAGAGCCAUCUACUAGUAGUGCUAGAGAAAACUUUGAUAAAAGUACAAAAAGAUGUCAAUCACUUGAGAAUCUCAAUCUGAUCAUAGACCCACCUCCAAAGCCUGAAAUAUCACCGGAUAUGGAUUGUAUGUCUACAAGGAUCCAGAAGUUACAAGUUGAUGAAUGACAUUGAUAUUUGUGGUAUGUCUGGAUGUAUGGUAGCUUUAGAUUAGAUGUGUAACUUAUGUGUCCAUUUACCAUUUGAUAUGAGUGUGUUUAUGAGACUUUUGUUCCUAAGGCUUGUAUUUUUUGUUACAAAUUACAAUUGUCAGACUACUUAAGUUUUUGUAGGACACUAUUUAAAUAAAAAUAAAACAUUCUGAGUGUGAUUAUAACCUAAUUUUAACUUAACUAGAAAUAACUUGAAUCAAUAAUUUGCUAACCCUUUGAUAAAUCCUUUAUACUUAAAUCAGUGUCAUUUCAUAGAGAUGCUGUUACAAUGAUGUAUAAGUGUUUGAAAUUGGCUGGUCAUCCAAUAUAUACAUUUUUAUAUAACAUUCAAUCCAUUUAAAUUGUAGAAAACUAUUUCUGUAUGAAAAGGCUUCCCUGUUUAUUUUAAGUGUAGUUUUAUUUAAAAAAAUACAAAUGUUUAUUAUUCUGUAUAAAAAUAUUUUAGAUAUAUUUUUCAUCAUAAAACAAUUUAUUUAUGCAUGAACAUAUUAACACAAUUUUUGUUUUUUAAAACAAAAAAAUAUAUUAAACCCCUACAUUCAUUAAAGGUAACUAAUAAGUUUUAUAAGGGAGCAUUGUGUAAAAAUGGCAUUAUGAUAUUAAAUUUCAGAAAAUGUUUUAUUAUUUCACACAUAAUCAUUGUUUUAGAUAAAUAAGAUUUAAUGUUACAUUAAUGGUACAGCUACAUGCCUUAUACAUAUAACCUAUAUAAAAUGAUCAUCUUUAAAUGUAAUAAAACUUAGGAACUAAACCAUAUGCAAUUUCCUUAACCAAUGAUUUUUGUAUAUUGAUAAAAGCAUUUGUAACACUAAAUUUAUUAUGUUAUAAUGCAUGUAGCCAUUAUCCAUAAGAGAUCUCACAUCACAAAGUAUAAAGUAUUGUGUUAUUUAUUUAGUGAGAUAUUAUGUCACUUAGAUGUGCGACUAAUGGUUGUUAACAUUUUGUUAGUUUCUUUGAAAAUAUUUGAAAUAAAUAUUGCCUUUAGGUGUAUAUGGCAUUUUUUUUCAUGA